AUGGCCAUUUCGAUCUUGAACAAACUGAAUGAAGAAAGAAGUCAAAAAAAUCAAGUUGAAGUAACAUUUGAAGAUCAAAAAAAGAUUAAUGAAUUUUCAAAAUUAAUAUCUAAAAAGGAUUCAUUAACAUUAGAAUUAAAUAAACAAAAACAAGAAAAAGAAUAUUUAGCUGAUGUAUCGUUAGAAAUAGAAUUAAUUGAUGAAGAUGAAUUAAUAAAUUAUAAAAUUUCAAAUGCAUUUAUUAAAUUAAAACAAAGUGAUGCAGUGGAAAAAUUAGAAAAAGAUGGUGAAUUAUUAGAUUUAGAGAUUGGGAAAUUAGAUGAACAAAUGGAUGAAAUUGAUUCAAAAUUAUCAAGUUUAAAAACUGAAUUAUAUACAAAAUUUGGUGAUAAUAUUAAUCUUGAGCGUUGA